UGUGAAGUAACACUAGUUUCAGGCCCACUUGGAACCUCAUCAUUAUUGUUUAUCAAAAUCCAUUCUUUUUUUAUUCAUUCAUCAUUCAAUCCCACACUAAUUCUAAACCAAGUAACCAACGCUUCGUAAAUCCACAAUCCCUUCUUUUUGUAUCCCCAAAAUUUUCACAAAUUUUAUCGGAGAAACAGCUACGUGUCAAAAUCCCCAGCUGUUUUUGACCCAAUUGAUGUUUAUGUCCCUUUUCUCCUUCUCUGAUGAUAAUAUAAUAAAUAAAGAAUUUUGUUGAUUGCCCAAUUUGCUUUCUUGCAAAAGGAAGCAACUUUGAUUGGUUUUGUUUCAUGCAAUGGAGUUUUUCGAUUAUGGGUGCCACUAAGCUACAAGAAAAGUCUUCUUUCACUUGCACACAAUUCUCACACAACAACAAGAAGAAGGGAGGCAAGAAGAGGAUUCCAAGAAUUGGAAGCUCUAGAUUUGAUAUCCCCUAUUUAUUAUUCUUGCUGGUCUACAGCACAAGAUUGAUGCAAUAAAAGGGUUAGUUUGCAAUUCUUUUGCUUUUUCGGAUUCACUGCAUUCAUAGGUUGUUUUCUAAGGUAGUGGGGAGACAUUGCUGCAUAGAUUUUAUGUAUCGAAUCGCCUUUGUUUCUUUGUGUCAGUCCUUGUAAUUUGUUGCAGACCUUUUUAUUGGCUGAUUUUUUCGGGGAGUGAAUCGAGUUUGAGGUUUAUUGAGUAGUCUUGUAGAAUAUGGAGUCUACACACCAACCACCAAGUGUAAUUUUAAAAUUGAUGGGUCUUGAUAAAGUGUCUCCCCGUGAACCUGUUCGAGAUAAACCGAAAGUGCUCUCUGAAGAAUACCUGCAGAAAGUUGCAUCCAUUGGUGUUAGAAAGAAGCGUUCAUCGCACCAGCAUCGUUCCCUUGGAACGGGAACUGAUGAAGAAAUGGAAGAACCUGAGGGUGUUUCUAGAGUGGUCAAAACAAUAAGGAGAGAUAAGCAUGAUAAUCCGUCGAGGGAAAUUGGGAAAGAAAAUCCAUACUUUUUGGGAACAAAGGCGAAGUGCUCGCCACAACAACUGCUUAUGGAUGCUUCAAAUGUGAAUCAGGGAAAGCUCUCGCAGAAAGAUGUGCAUGAACAUGGAGAGGCUGGAUUGUAUGAACUACUUAGGCUUCCAAAAUCUCAAUUGGACAUGAAGGGUGAUACUUUCAACUCAGCGACUUCGAAGGCGAAUUCUAGAAAGGAGGGAAAUGGAGUUUUAUUUCCAAGUUCCUGCAAAUAUUCUCGUUUGGCUAAUGGAAUGCUCCAAGAGGUGUUUUAUCCUAAAAUCACGAGGGUAUAUCCUGAAAUGAGAGAGAUUAGGAAAAUUUCUCGCGACGAUGAUUUUGGUAAGCAGAGUUCUAGAUCUUUUUGUAAAAUUUCGGAGAAUGUUUCUGUGCAAGCUGGAAAUGCUACAAAGAGAGUUUUAGGUACUGUUCCAGGGGAUGGAACAACAAACAUGAAUAAGCAAAGUCGCUUUGGUAAUGUUAACAUCAAAACAAACCUCAGAUGCAAGGUUGAUGAUAAGCAUAGUCGUGUUAGAAAAGUGGAUCUUUGUGGAUCUUCACUUAUUGCUGAUAAUCGCAGAUCCAUCACUGAAGAUAACCUUUUCGAGAAAUACUGGGGUUUGAGGAAGAGUUCAAAAAAUUCGCCUCCACAGAAGUCAAGGAAUCAAAGUAUCAACCAUAAUGAUUAUUCAGAAACUAUGGACCUUAGGUCCAGCAGUGAGAAAUCCCAAUCUUCUUCCUCUUUUUCGGAUAUUAAUCAUAUUAAAGAGAAUUAUGCUGGCCUAUAUAAUCCAACCAUGCAGCAAUGUGAAUCAACGGGCUUACCGGGAGACAAUGAUGCUUUGAGUCACAGUUCAUCUGCUUCAACACAACAGGAUGCAUCAGAACUUCAAGAAGAUUCUGUAUCUUCACUUUUAUCUGGAACUGACCCGGAUUCUCUCGGUAGCUCUGAGGAUUCAUGCGAACCAAGUCCAAUUUCAGUCCUGAUGAACCCCUCAUUUGGAAACAAAACUUCAUUUAAUUUGAAGACUUCUGGCGCUGAUGUAUAUGACUUCUCUGAGGAUGAUGAUGAAGUAUUUGCCUUGAAUAUUUCAAGUGAUGAAGAGUGUGGAGAUAAAUCUGUUACUGGUGAAUAUGAAGAGAAGAAAGAUUUAGUAGGAUCAUUUAGAUCCGAGGAGAGUCGAGAUUUCUCCUAUCUUGUUGAGGUGUUAACCGAGGCGGGUGUUUUAAACAGGAGCUUGUUUACUGACUUCUCUACAUGGCACUCUGCAGAAUGCCCUAUUAGCACUUCAGUUUUCGAAAACCUUGAAAAGAAAUUCGGUGAGCAGAAAUUUUGGAAACGAUCUGAAAGACGGCUUCUUUUCGACCGAAUCAAUGCAGGACUAUCGAAGAUUAUGCAGCCAUGUGCAGCAUAUGUCCCAACAUGGGAAAAGCCAGUGUCGAGAAGGUUGAGUGCGGAACUAAGCGACAACAUGAUCGAGGAGGAGAUAUGGUGGAUGCUUGUUGCUCAGGAGAAGAAAGCAAUUAAGGAUUCAGCAGAUAAUGAUAUGCUUGGAGGUGAAAUUAGUUGGAUAGAGUUAGGUGAAAGUAUUGAAGAUAUUGUUAGAGAGAUAGUUAAGUUGUUAAUAGAGGAUCUUGCACAAGAGAUGGUAGAUAGCUUGGAAAAUUUUUGAAAGAUGUUUUUUUUUUCGGUUUUUUUGCGUCCAGCUAUAGCAUUCAUAUUGUUGAGCUUAAACUGUUAGGAAGAGGCAGAUAAAUUGUGGCCGACACAUAUAUAGAGAAAAAAAAAAUUCAUGUAUAGGUUGAUUUCGAGUCGAUUUUGAGAGAUUGAUUUUGGAGUCGAUUUUGAGAGAUUGAUUUUGAGUUCUUUAUUUUGUUGAGAAGUUGAAGAAUUUGAAUUAGGUUGUAGGUAUAGGUUCAUUAUUCAUUCAUAUGGAGUACUAUUGUAUUUCAUUUGUACUUUUUUUUUUAAAAAAAAAAGAGAAAGAGAAAGGAAGUAGUUGUGGAUUUGUUGAAUUUGUUAUG